UUUUGCAGUCGAAUUUUUUCAUUGAUCAUUACAAAUAAGUUUUGUGCUUGUUUUGUGAUACACAAUUAUUGAAUUCAAUAUUCUAAAGAGUAUACCUUAUAUGAUUACUAUAUAUCGACGGUUUUGUAAGAAUUUACGAUAUAUUUUGUAUAUAAGAUCAAUGUCGGAAUCAAACGAUAAAUCCACCGCCGUUAGCGACAAUAAUGCAAAUAACGAGAAACUGAUAUAUCCAGCGGCAAAUAGAAACAAAGAACCUAUUUUACAAGUUCUGAAAAGAUUCAUAAUUUGCGAUUUCGACGAAAUUGAAGACGAGAGCCCUUUGUUUGUCGAAAUCUCUUCAGGAUCUGGUCAGCACGUAGCUCAUUUUGCGCCUCAUUUUCCUGGUGUAAAGUUUCAGCCAACUGAAUUUGACAAAAGUCUCUUUGGGAGUAUCUCGAUUUACGCUAGCUCGUGCCCGACGAAAAACAUACUGCAGCCGAUAUUAGUCGAUAUUUCAACACCACUGUCACAUUUUGGCUUCUUGGAAAAUACAAUUGAUUACAUGUACAACGCUAACAUGAUCCACAUAAGUCCGUAUGAAUGUACCAUUGGAUUGUUUGAGAACGCUGGCAAGUAUUUAAAACCUGAAGCUUUACUAAUUACCUAUGGACCGUAUGCUAAGGAUGGCAAAAUAUCACCACAAAGUAAUGUAGAGUUUGAUGCUUCUUUGAAAUAUAGAAACCCGUUGUGGGGACUGAGAGAUAUCAACGAUCUAAUAAAAUUAGGUGACCAAAAUGACCUCUGUCUCAUAGACACUGUGGAAAUGCCUUCUAAUAAUUUAACAUUAAUUUGGAAAAAGAAUUGAGUUAGUGGCUGAAUAAGAAUAUAUUAACUGUGAUAUUUUGGAACAUUUCUCUAAUAAUAAUUAGCUUUAACCAAUAUCUACUCUCUUUUGCAGAUUCAAAUACUUUGCAUUUUUAACUUUAAGGGUCCUUUAUUUAUACU